CUUGGUGACGCCAUGUUUGGUUGGGCUCGAUUGAGGGGCACGAGCUGGUGCCAACACGUACGGCCACCACAUCUCAACCGAGCUGUCCACCUUGCCGCGCCGAAUCGACCUCCUGGCCGCAGACAGAGCAUCCAGAGCAACACAACACAGCAAAGUGAGAAGCGAAUAACAGAAGAAGGAAGAUGGCAGACGGUCAGGGUAUGAGCCACUUGCUUAUAGACUUGGCUGGCAUGGGUCGCAAGCGGUGGAUCGACCCGUCGUGGACCAUCAGCGAGCUCAGAAACAAGAUAUACAACUGGGUGGGUGUCCGGACAUGGUGUCAGGACCUAUUUUUUAACGCUGAGGGGGACGAGCAUCCCGUCCCCAUCAAGGUGGCCAAUGUUGAAGACGAGGAUACCACUCGUCUGGCUGAGUUCCAACUCGAGCCGGGACGGUACACGCAUCUGAUUGUGAAGGAAAAGGAAAAUGAAGAGGAGAAGGAGAAGGAAAAGGUGGAGGACAAGGACAACCUCGAGGCUGACUCCAGUCCGGAGGACAACACCGGGGCCGUGUCCAGCCCGAAGGACACGACGGGGCCCGAGAAGUACGACCUCCCCCAGAAAGCGUACGAGGAGAUGUCGAACACAUUCCUGGCCUUCAAGAAGGCGAAGGAACUGGGCCGGUUCGACCCCAAGGCGCCGGGGAAGGCCAAGGCGCGGGUUGCCGCCCACGCGCGCGAAGCGGCCGACCGCGGCAUCGAGCCCGGCCGGCGCUGCCACAUUGAGGACCCUAAAGUCCUGCUCUACGGCGUCGUCCGUUACGUCGGCGACGUGCCAGAGAUCCCCGACCCUGGCUUCUGGGUUGGCGUCCAGCUCGACGAGCCCCUGGGCAGGAACGACGGGAGCAUCGGCGGCAAGAGGUACUGGGGCGAGGCGGGCAGCCUAAACUAUGGUAUGUUUGUGCGGCCCGCGAGGAUCGAGAUUGGGGACUUCCGGCCGCUCAACGACCUGGAGGGCGACCCGGACAGGGAGGAGAUGUGACGGCUGUGGCUUGGUCAUGCCUGCCUGGGCAUUUGGGCGCUGGGCGUCGCUAGGGCUACAUUGGAUUGCUCUGCUUGAUUGAGUUGGCUAGGCCAAGGAAGGCAGACGUUGCCAGGGGUAAAUACAUGUAUACCUAUAUAUGCGAUGUGGUGACAAGACACGAUGAGGACACGCAGAUACUUGGACUGGUCCUCUUUACCGGACCUCAUUAAACAGUUGUCGUGCCGGAGCAGUGAUAUUAUCUCAUUUGCUGCCCUGAUAGGUAUUAUUCCCCAUCGCCUAUAAAGUCCGAAAG